GAGAAAGAGAGAGAAGAAUGCUCCAAUCUUUCAUGGAUGCUGCUUCGAUCUGCGGCCUCCUUAGUUUCAAGACAUAAUCUUCUUCACAUAAAACAAACACCCAUUUUAUUAUCCGGUUGGCUUUAUCUGGAAGGCGAAAAAAAAGGAUUUUGCUACAUUCCACGGGCUUAAAAUGUUGCUUGUCUGAGGGGGAUUUCAUGGGUUGAACAACAAGAAUAAUGGGUAGCUUAAGUGAAAAAGAAGAAGAAUGUCCAUUUUUUGAUGCUCAAGAGGAUAUUGAGUUAAUCUCAGAUGCAGAAUCCGAUAGCACCGAGGCCCCUGAAGCUAAUUCUAGUCAUAAGGACGGGGUGUUGAAAGAUUUUGGAUAUGAAAUGUGGAUUCAGAACCUGAGUAGUGUUCAAGAGCGUAGGAGUAAGUUUAUAAAGUGGAUGGGAUUGAAUUCGGAUAGAAAUGUCCUUGAGAAUUCAGUUGAUGUAUGUAGACUUGAGAGGAAAGAGGAGAUAUAUUGUAUGAAAGAUAGUAGUGGAAGUGUGACCAGAAGUUCCGGUUUUGAGGAGGAGUUCUGUUCGAGUCGGUCAUCAAUGUCUUGUUGGUCUACUAUGAGUUCUUCAGAAGAGUUUGAUUUGGUGGAGAAGUUGGCGUGCCAAAAUGGAAAUUUGGACAGUAGAGUGGGGUGUAAUGAGGAUCAGGUGGUGCUGCAUAGGGAGAAUACUGAUGGUAGAGACACAGGUUCAGAUGAGUUCGUGAUUACCGAGGAAUCUGAGGAUUCUGAGAACAUCUUUGGGGUGUCUCCCACUUCCCAGCGUGCGACGGGUAACAAGUUUGAGGAGACGAAUGUUUUUCAGCAGGGGAUGAAGAGGUCUAGAAAUGGUUGGAUCAGAAGAUUACGUUCAAUAACAUGCAUGAUUCAUAGGCAAGGUGAAUCUGAUAACAGGAGACAUGAGGGCAGGUGUGCAUUCUCAGGGUGUAGGAUUCAGAAAGUUAAGGUCCGUCUUUGCAGGAAGCAAACAAAGGAACUUUCAGCCCUUUACAAGGGGCAAGAUAUUCAAGCGCAUGAAGGUUCAAUUUUGACCAUGAAAUUCAGUCCUGAUGGCCAGUAUCUUGCCAGUGCUGGUGAAGAUGGGAUUGUGCGAUUGUGGCAAGUGGUUGAGGAUGACAGAUGUAAUGAAAUUGACAUUCCAGAAGUUGAUCCGUCCUGCAUUUACUUUACGGUGAAUAAUCUCUCUGAAUUGACACCCCUGUUUAUUGAUAAGGAGAAAAUGAGCAAAGUGAAGAGUCUGAAAAAAAAAUCAGUUUCAGCUUGCAUCAUUUUCCCUCCCAAGGUCUUCCGGUUGUUGGAGAAACCGUUGCAUGAGUUCCAUGGGCAUAGUGGCGAAAUUUUGGAUCUCUCCUGGUCAAAAAAUAAUUGCCUACUGUCAUCUUCAGUUGACAAAACUGUCCGUCUAUGGCAAGUGGGACUUGACCAUUGUUUGAAAGUUUUCUCACACAGUAAUUAUGUGACUUGCAUACAAUUCAAUCCUGUGGAUGAUAAUUAUUUCAUCAGCGGAUCUAUAGAUGGAAAAGUGCGCAUCUGGGCUAUUCCUGAAUGUCAUGUUGUUGAUUGGACUGAUAUCAGAGAAAUUGUGACUGCAGUGUGUUAUCGACCUGACGGACAGGGAGGGAUUAUUGGCUCCAUGACAGGCAAUUGCCGAUUUUAUGAUGUAUCAGAGAAUCACUUGCAGUUGAAUUCCCAACUAUGCUUACUUGGUAAAAAGAAACUUCCUUGCAGAGGAAUAACUGGCUUUCAGUUUCUUCCACAAGAGUUUAACAAAGUUAUGGUUACCUGUGCUGAUUCAAAAGUCAGAAUCCUUGAAGGGCUUAAUGUGGUUGGCAAAUACAAAAGCCUUAGUGCAGGGAGCCUAAUGUCUGCAUCUCUUACUUCGGAUGGAAAGCAUAUUUUAUCAGCCUGUGAGGACUCUAACGUAUAUCUGUGGAAUUAUAGUGAGGAUGAGUCUAGCUCCACGAAAGCUAAGAAGAUUAGGUCCAGUGAGCGAUUUUUUUCAUAUGCGUCUGUCGCGGUACCUUGGUGUGGUUUGAAAUCUCAAAAUAUUGAAAAUGCACAAUUGGAUGUCUUAUGUAAGAGGUCAACUCAAGCUAUAUGUCUCAAUCCACCUGAUUCUUUUUCUCUACGCGAAGAGUUUUUUUUGGAGUCUUUUUCCAAGGGAUCUGCAACUUGGCCCGAGGAGAAGCUUCCUAUUUCAAGCCCCAAGGCUAAAACUUCUGUGGUGCACAAAUCUGCAUAUAAGUUCUUAAAAUCUUCUUGCAACAGUACAUCCAGUUCUCAUGCAUGGGGUCUAGUCAUCGUGACUGCCGGCUGGGAUGGGCGGAUAAAAUCGUUCCACAAUUAUGGGUUACCUGUACUAGUUUAAAAUGAAUUGGCUUUUCCUAAAUUGGAUAAUAGAAUCAUGAUUCAUUGCUUUGCUUGGGCAUGUUGUCAUUGGGAAAUCACAUGCUGCUAAUAUUCUUUGUGACUUGAGAGUAAUGUUAAAGUUUGGCAGCAUCAGCAAACAAGCAGGUUGAGGUCAAACCCCAAGAAGGGAAUGCAGUUUAGAUAAUUGCAUAAUCUUUGACUUUUGGAGAGUCCCCUUCUAUGUUUCAGGGGAUUCAGAUCACACUCAUUGGUUCAUGACAAGUUGUAGUUCAAAUGUAAUCCUGAUGGCAAUCAUCAAGGUCCCCUUCCCAGUCUAAAUUGCCUUUUUCUUACACAAGAAUCUCUUGGCUCUUAAAAGAGAUGCAUACACAUGUAUUAGGACUUGGAAGAGGGCAUAUGAAUAAUCUUGAUAAAUUGAGCUACUGUGGGACCUUUGUAAGCAUCUUGUUUGCCAAAAUGAAAGAGAUAUAUAUAUAUAUAGAGAGAGAUCAAGAGCUGGUGGCUGAAGUUUACUCAGAUGAAAAUGGUGGGGAUGUUUGUGAUCUUAUUUUUGGGUGGACUAACUAAUUGAAAUCUCUUUGUCUGCCAAUCUUUCCAUCUAUCUCAUGGUAGGGCCACGAAUGCCUAGGAUUGGAAGUGUGAUGAGCAUGAUUGGGACGGUCAUUAUUGCUUACAUUGGUGCUUUUGUGGCUGCAUGUUGCUCCAAAACUACAAACAAGUCUAGCUGAUUGCAAGAGACAAUGGCAACUGUUGCAGUGCUAACAAAUAUUCGGUAUAUGGUCUCAAUUUUA